UCCUCCUCCCCUUUGGGAGGACCGAUUGAGAUGGGCCACCUUGCCGCCGCUGGCUCCUUCUCCUCCUCCUCCUCUCCCAGGGUCGAUGGUGUGGAACUCUGAGCGGCCAUGGCGCUUUACAACUUCAAGAAGAUCACGGUGGUGCCGACCGCCAAGGAUUUCAUUGACUUGACGUUGUCAAAAACCCAACGGAAGACACCAACUGUGAUUCACAAAAACUAUCAAAUCAAUCGAAUUCGUCAUUUCUACAUGCGAAAGAUUAAGUUUACUCAACAAAACUAUCAUGAUCGCCUCAGCUUGAUUCUGACUGAUUUUCCAAAACUUGAUGACAUCCACCCUUUUUAUGCUGAUUUGAUGAAUGUUCUGUAUGACAAAGAUCACUACAAGCUGGCAUUAGGGCAGAUUAACAUUGCAAAGAACCUCAUUGACAAUGUUGCUAAGGACUAUGUGCGUCUGAUGAAGUAUGGCGAUUCUCUGUACCGAUGCAAACAGCUGAAGCGUGCGGCACUAGGGCGCAUGUGUACUAUUCUCAAACGACAGAAACAAAGUUUGGAGUAUUUGGAACAAGUGCGGCAACAUCUUUCUCGUCUGCCAUCUAUUGAUCCCAACACGAGGACUUUGUUGCUAUGCGGGUACCCUAAUGUUGGAAAAUCCAGCUUUAUUAACAAGAUUACGCGGGCAGAUGUUGAAGUACAACCCUAUGCUUUUACCACAAAGUCAUUGUUUGUGGGACAUAUGGAUUACAAGUAUCUGCGCUGGCAGGUAGUUGAUACACCUGGUGUUUUGGAUCAUCCAUUGGAGGAGCGGAAUACCAUUGAGAUGCAGGCGAUCACUGCACUGGCUCACCUCCGUGCUGCUGUUCUAUAUGUGAUGGACGUGUCAGAACAGUGUGGUCACACUGUGGAGGCGCAGCUGGAGCUCUUCAAAAAUAUUCGGCCUCUUUUUGCCAAUAAGCCCCUUAUUAUUGUUGCAAAUAAAUCUGAUGUGAAGAAGAUAGAUGAACUUACUGAAGAACAGAAGAAAAUCUUUGCAGAUUUUAUGGCGGAAGGAAUCACUGUAACAGAAACAAGUACUUUGACAGAAGAGGGGAUCAUUAAAGUUAAAACUGAGGCAUGUGAUCGGCUACUUACUCAUCGCGUUGAUAGCAAAAUGAAAGGCAAGAAGGUGAAUGAUUUACUGAACAGACUCCAUCUAGCUGUUCCAUCAAAGAGAGAUCAGAAGGAGAGACCGCCCUGGAUACCUGAAGGAGCUACCAAACGCAGAAAAAUGGAGGUUGAUGUGCCAAAACGUAAAUCGGAACGGGACUUGGAAUUGGAGAUGGGUGAUGAUUAUGUCCUGGACCUCCAGAAAUACUGGGAUUUGAUGAAUAAAUCUGAGAAGCAAGAUCUGAUCCCUGAAAUAUGGCAAGGUCAUAACAUAGCUGAUUACAUUGAUCCUGAAAUUAUGAAGAAACUCAAACAGCUGGAAAAAGAAGAAGAACUAAAACAAAUAGCAGGUGAAUACGAUUCAGACUCUGAGAGCGAGGAUGAAGAAAUGAGGGACAUCAGACAAUUGGCUGUUCAGAUAAGAGAGAAGAAAAAGAUGCGAAUCUUGAUGUCCAGAGAGAAACAAACCAAAAAAGGUCCCAAAAUGCCAAGAACUGCUAAAAAGAUUGAACGAAAAACUUUGGAAAAGGAGAUGGGAUCACUUGGUUUAGAUAUGGACAACAAAGAUGAAACACACUAUGCACAGCAAGCUCGACGAUCUAGAAGUGUCAUUAGAAAACGUAAACGUGAAGAAUCUCAACCACCAACAUCUCAAGUCCGCAGCCGCAGCACUUCACGCACUCCGCGUGAUCUUUCUGGUGUACGUGAUGAAAAGAUGCUGAAGAAGGUUAAGAAGAUGAUGAAAAACUCCCAGCAGGACAUGAAUCGCAUGGGCAAGAAAGGAGAAGCUGAUCGACAUGUAUUUGACCUUAAACCAAAGCAUCUUUUUGCUGGCAAGCGAAAAAUGGGUAGAACGGACCGUAGAUAAACUAGACUUUAGGCUGCAGGACUGUUGUGUUCAAUUGUAAACCAUCAGAAAGGAGCUGAUGCAUCUUGAGUAAUCUGUGAUAAAAGGACAGAAUAGUAUCUCAUUGAGACGAGAUCUUGAACAUACAAGAUGCUUGUCAAGAAUGUAAUUGUGGCUUUUGUGAUUUGAAAAGAAAAUGAAUUCAGUUGUUAAAUUCAAGAGUUUGAUUGCUUAUUAAUGAACAUGUAUUUUGUGACCUCCAGUGAAAAAAUAUGUAUAAGAAACGUGUUUCAAAGCAAAAUUACAAUGUAAUUUAGGAAGGUAUAAUAGAAUACUAUUUUAAAAAGUCUCAAAUACUAUCAAGUGUUCUCAUUUGAUGGCAGUUUGAUAUUCUGAAUCGAAUUCUAGCAACAUGAGUUGUAAACAGAAUCAUCAGUCCUUGCAUUGGUAACUAUAAGAUUUCUUUUUGUGUUCAUUGAAUGGACUUGACUUGGGUUUAUUAUUUGGUUUAUAAUUGCACGAUACCAUAGUCCAGACUGCCAUCAGUAUAUAAGAGUCCAGAAAGACCAGGUAUUCUUGGGCGUUCGUCGGUUUAAAAUGUCUUUACUUUGCUGCCCUGUUUAUUUCAGGUCAGUUUUUGUAUUGUUUGGAUUUUUUUUAGAGAUCUUUGUCUUCCACAGUACAGUAUUUUGAGUUUUUUUUAAAUUGUAAGCACAUCUAGCCUUAUACAUUUUGGUGGAGGAUGAUUUUCCCACAUUUUAAGAAAACUGUUUUCUUUGGUAAUUGUGUCAUUAAGUGAUUGUUCCCUCAAGUAUUUUUCCUUUUGUGACCUCUGCAAGAUGAAAUGAGAUUGCACCAAGCUGCUGAAGCCUUUCCUUUUUAAAGGAGAUGAAAAAUAAAUUACUUGAUUUUUACUUGGUGCAUUUUCAAAGGUCGAACUGGGUAAUAAGUAUACAUCCAAUAUAUAUUAAGAUGUUUUAAUCCUUAAAAUACAUUUCAGGUAUUGUUUCAGAAGGAACACUAUUAAAUCCUGUAAAUGCU